AUGGGGCUAUUUUUUACCGUUGUCCUCAAUGUCACAGAUGCUCAAGUAGGAGUUUGUUAUGGGACGCUGGGGAACAACUUACCUCCAGCAUCUGAUGUUGUGGCUCUAUACAAACAACACAAUAUUACAAUGAUGAGGCUCUUUGACCCGAACCAACUGGCUCUUGAAGCCCUCCGAGGAUCUAACAUUGACGUAAUUCUCGGCAUUCCCAAUUCCGAUCUCGAAUACUUAGCUGCCUCCCAAGAAAACGCUGAUUCUUGGUUCCAAAAAAACGUAAACAACUUUACCGACGUAAAAUUUACCUACAUUGCGGUUGGGAACGAAGUAGGCCCUUCCCAAAGAGCCUCUGUUCUUCCUGCCAUGCAAAACAUUCACACAGCUGUAUCGGCCGCUGGUCUCGGGAUAAAAGUUUCCACUGUUAUCGAUACGAGACUUGUUGCUAACUCAUAUCCUCCAGAAAACGGGACAUUCGGAUUAGAUGUUGUUCCGUAUAUCAGCCCCAUUGUUCAAUUCUUGGUGGAUAACAGUGGGCCAUUGCUUGUUAACGUGUACCCUUAUUUCGCUUACAUUAACAAUAAGGAACAAAUCCCUCUCGAUUAUGCGCUUUUUACGUCUGAUGGGGUUGUUAUGCCUUCUGGCGUGAUGUACCAGAAUCUUUUCUAUGCGAUUGUUGAUGCAACGUAUGCUUCUUUGGAAAAAGUCGGUGGGUCGACCGUGAGAAUCGUGGUGUCUGAGAGCGGUUGGCCUUCGACUGGAGGGGACACGACCACUGUUGAUUAUGCUAAGACUUAUUUGACGAAUAUGAUUCAACGUGUCAAAAGCGGAACACCUAAACGACCGGGAGAGACCAUCGAAACCUACAUUUUCGCGAUGUUCGAUGAAAACCAGAAAAGUCCCGAAUAUGAGAAGAACUUUGGAAUCUUUACGCCGGACAAGCAGCUCAAGUACCCGAUUAGCUUUUAG